AUGUCCAGCAACACUCCGUCCAACGGGAAAUGCAAACCGGCGGCUGGCCCCGGUACUUCACUCAGAAUCACUCCCUCCAACUCCCCCCUUCCCCGACCAGCUGCCCGAUCCCCAAACAAACCCUCUGCGCACCAGACAGUCCUAGCUCUUCAGACGGUCAUUGGCACUACAACCGCUGCUCCCAAUGGCUUUUCGAGUCACGAUGAGAGCAGAUCUUUCGCCUUCUGCGCCGGUUCCGCCGCCGUUCUAGCGGAGCUCGAUGACGACAAUAACGUUCAACAGCGAUUCUUUAGAGCUCGCCCCUCUGCGACUAGCGUCAAUCCAGUGACAUCUUUCUACCAUCAGUCUACCCCGCCCAGUACCCCUGAUCCCAGAGCACGAUCAACUCCGAUAAAGUCGAAUGCGCAUACAAGCGGUCUACACAAUGGUUCGCCCUCCAACGACUGGGCGGAAAGCGGUAGUCCUCGCGGGUGGUCCUCGCGAGAGCGUAUCAAAGCCGUCACGAGCGUCUCGCUCAGUCCUAAUGGAAGGUUUCUUGCAAUGGGAGAGACAGGUUAUAACCCGAGAGUCAUGAUUUACUCGACGGCCAAAGACUCCUCCCCCGACGUACCGCUUUCGAUCCUCAAUGAGCACACGUUUGGCGUCCGUAACCUGGCAUUUAGCUCCAACUCGCAGCACCUAGCAUCGCUGGGUAACGUCAACGAUGGAUUUCUCUUCAUCUGGGCUGUCAGCUUGAAAAAUGGGUCAGCUAGAAUACACUCGACAAAUAAAUGCACUGCGUUUGUCAAAGACAUGUGCUGGAUUGGUCAGACUUUGAUCACGGCUGGCGUUCGACAUGUUAAAGUAUGGAGACUCACAGAUCAAAGGCCAGGAUCUCCCGGCAAAUCUCGCCUCAAUCCGGAAUCUGCAGCACACUCCUCCAAUCCGACACCGAAGGCGCUUUCGGGGAGAAACUGCGUGCUCGGUGCUUUGGGGGAUAGCACCUUCACUUGCGCUGCAAGCAUCUCAGACACCGAAGCGGUUCUCGGUACGGAUACGGGCGCAUUGUGUCUCCUAGAUGAUAGUGCAGGUUCCCAAAAACUAUCUAUGGUCCAAUAUGUGAGGUUCAAUAUCACCUCUCUGGCGGCCGACUCAGACGGAUCAUGUGUUUGGAUAGGUGGUCGCGGCCGGAAAAUGGAAAAAUUCUCUGUCGAUUCCUUGCGAUCAGCAUCAUCUCCAGGUCCACCUACCAGCCCGGGACCCCGACCAAAGUCCAAAGGACUCGCGAUUACCUGCAUGGGAUCGCUCUCAUCGCACCUGGUUACAUUGGACUCUAGUAGAGUGGUCAACAUUUAUCCAUUUGACAGCUUGGACGGUGAAGAUGACGAGAGCGAGAGCUCAACGGACACAACAAUGCCGGCUCAUCGUGACUCGGUUCUUGGUAUUCGCUCCUUGAAGGGUCCUAACGAACUCAAAGCGGACUUUUUUACUUGGUCCUGCAAAGGCACUGUGCACUUCUGGGAUACCAACGGGAAAUGUCGAGCUUCUCGGGCAAUUCCUGUGGACAAGCUUCCCAGCGAUGAUGACGAUGUGUCUAACGAGCUGAAGACGGUGGCAGCCGCGGAAGACCUAAACUUCUAUGUUUCGGGUGAUAAAUUGGGCGUUUUGAGAGUGAUAUCUGCACAACCAUGGAUGUGUGUGAAUGAAGUCCGCGCCCAUGGUGGAGAGAUUACGGACAUUGCGAUACGUUCGGAUUUGGACUCUGGCGCUUUUCUGAUUGCCAGCUCUGGUCGGGAUCGCAUGAUCCAGCUUUUUCAGAAGCGCGACGAAAGCAUUGAGUUGAUCCAAACAAUGGACGAUCAUGUCGGAGCAGUUGGUCAACUAUUGUUCUCGCAGGACGGGGAAAGGUUGCUUUCAUGCUCGUCGGAUCGUACCAUCCUCAUCAGGAACCGUGUGACCCGCGAGGAGGAUGGAGCCACUGCCGUUGCCUAUCUGAUAUCGAAAACGGUAACCCUAAAAUCAUCUCCUGUAUCCAUGACCUUUUCGCCGGACGACUCAAAUAUUCUUGUUGUUUCCACGAUGGAUCGUUGUAUCCAAAUUGUCGAUCUCUCUUCGGGCCGAGCAGUCCACGCUUUUCGCGCCGCAGAUUCAGAAUCACCUGACGCCGUUGUCAUGGGUGCUCUGACUGUGGCUACUGGGAUUCCUGGACAGAGUCCCAGGGUGCUUGUUGGAGUUUCGAGUACAGACAAAUCCAUUCGCGUCUACGACAUGGAUAGAGACUUGCUUCUUACCGGUGAAUUUGGGCAUGCAGAGGGCGUUAGCGACGUGCUUCUACUAGAUAACCCGCAAGAUACUCCAGACGAUCCGGUCACACGAACACUAAUCAGCGUUGGCAUCGAUGGCGUCGUCAUGAUUUGGAGCCUGACCGUACAGCCUCAUCAAUCUCAGGAUCCAGUUCAGAGCAGCAGCAGCCGCGAUGACGAUGAUACACCAGCAAAGACUGCAUCUAAGCCACCUAUUCGUCGAAUUCUGUCGAAAUCCGAGCUUGCCGGUUUCCAAAAGCAAGACCCCUCAGUUGUCACUCCCACACCAGUGCGCGAGAGCUCAUCGCCACUGGUACGCAAGAUGUCGAAGCUCUCCUUGAAAUCAUCCUCUCUGAGAAAUGGUCAUGCGUCUUCUUCUACACCCUCUUCACCAAACUCAUCUCGCCGCUCCCCCACAUAUGCUACCCCUCGCGAGAGACAGCGCAGGUCGCCGUCUACUAGUCCGAAGUCGACACCAACACCAAACCCAGCACCAUCAUCUACAUCCACAUCCACAUCCACAUCCACAUCCACAUCCACACCAACAAAGAAAAUGGCCAGCAGAACCAGCAGCACCCGCCGCACCUCCCUAGAAUUCCGCUCCCGCACCAGACACUCGCAUUCUCAUCAGAACGACUCCGGAAGCCUCGGCACGUCCACAGAACAAGUCUGCCGCACCCUCAGAGCCUACAGAAAGAAGCUCCACGGAUCCUCCGAACAUCUCCGUUCUCAAAGAGAACUGGAACGCGAACUCAGUCUCACACUUCGGAGCUUGGGCUCUCAUAACAAGAAUUACGGGGAUGGACAGUUGGAGACGGAGACUGAUAGCAGCGGCAGGGAGAAUGAGCAAAUGUUUCUGUCGUCUAUGUCGUCUGGGAGGGCCUUGCGGAUUCCGCAUUUGCCUUCAACUCCGGAACUUGGACAGAAAAGUUCGAGGGAGGGUUGUGUUUGUAGGAGUCGGUCUAUUGAUAAUGGGGAGGGUUGA